AUGACUUUUGAGCAACAGAGUGAGCAAUUUGAGACUUGGCUAAAGUCCCACGGAGUGGAAAUCAGCAACAAGGUUGGUCUUCAUGACUAUCGUGAGGCUGGACAGGGCAGAGGACUAAUUGCUCUCGAGGAUAUCGCUGAGGGCGAUGUUCUGUUCACAAUCCCGCAAACAAACCUCCUGGCAGUCGAGCGGGAUCCCAAGUUCGGUGAGCUAGUUACCAAGCAUGAACUAGCUGAUUGGCCUGCUCUAAUGGCCUACAUGAUGCUCAUGUCUGGAACCGAUCGUUGGGCGCCCUACUUUGCCGUUCUGCCCUCCAAGUUCUCGACACCAAUGUUCUGGAACCCCGAGCAAUUGGAGCUCCUAAAGGGCUCAGCUGUGCUAGACAAGGUUGGCCGUGCUGAAGCGGACGAACUUUACGACGAGCUGGCUUCGUCGAUCUUCAAGGAUCAGGCGUUUGCGAACGUUGACGUCUCCCGCGAGUCGUUCCAUCGUAUGGGUAGUCUCAUCAUGGCCUACGGCUUUGACGUGUCUGUUACUGGGGACGACGAUGAUGCAUUCAAGGCUAUGGUUCCCUUGGCCGAUAUGCUCAACAGCCACACGGUGCUGGGGAAUGCUCGUUUGGAGAUGCCCGAGAAUGUCGAUGGUGUUUUGGAGAUGGUCGCCAGCAAGGAUAUCAAAAAAGGCGAGCAAGUGUACAAUGUUUACGGCGAUUUGUCCAAUGGUGAGCUUUUGCGUCGCUAUGGCUACGUCGAGGCCGGCGGAACGGAAUAUGAUAUGGCCGAGGUCAGCAUGGAAGCCCUUAUCAAGUCGGUCGCCAAGGUCGAAGGUCUAAAAGUCGAGCAGAUUGAAGAGAGAGUUGAGGAGUUGCAAGAGUACGACGAGGAGUUACUUGACGAUGGCUACGAUGUGGUUUACCCUGGAAUGCCUGAUGUAAACCUUGUAGCUGUGGCAAACGCAUUGACAUUAGCACUCCCGGCCAAGAAGGCUAUCAAAACUGCUAUUGAAAUGGCUGACGAGGAAGAAAUUACCGCAGAGGGUCGCCUGGCCCUCCAAGACCUGAUCGAAACCCGCCUGCAGGACUAUCAGGAAACUAAUGCUCUGACCGAGCCAGAAGACUCAACCAAGAUCUAUACGGAUAUUAACGAUAUGUGCAACCAAGUAUUGGCCAGCGAACGCAAAAUUCUUGAGCGCGCACUCGAGUGGGUUCGCGCCAGUGACGACGGUGCAGCGGAACCAGCCGCUAAACGCCGACACGUUACUGCUUAG